AUGCGUCAGGCCAACCUGGCUCUGCCCAACCCGUGCCCGUUCGCGGCCUUUGGCUCAGCGAUUGUGAACCACACUACCGGCGGCUUGGGGGAGCUGGUCUGCACCGGCGCCAACAAUAAUGCUGGCACAGGGAACCCGACUCUGCAUGGGGAGAUGGCGGCCAUUGACAACUGCUCGGCAAUCUUUGUAGAUCCCCAGGGUUCAUACCGGAUGACGCCGGCCCAGACCCUGGCCGCCUUUGCCAACCUGACCAUCUACACCAACGCCGAGAGCUGCCCCAUGUGCGCAUCGGCGGUGCACUGGGCUGGCUUCAGGGAAUACGUUUUUGGCACGAGCAUCGAGACCCUCACGGAGGAGGGAUGGGGCCAGAUCCAAAUCACGUCCAGGGACGUCUUCCGGCAGUCCUCGGGCUUACCCCGCCGAACAAGGUUGCUUGGUCCGGUCUUGACGAACGAGACGGACCCCUUCUUCAGUUGGCAGUUUAAUGCGGGUGCGCCCUGUCCGCAGGGCUGCUCUCGGGGCGGAAGCGCAGGCGGUUGUCUUCCUGCAUGA